AUGGCCAAACCUAUUAUCUUCUGGGUUGGAGCGACCGGAUAUCUCGGCUCAGAGGCUCUUCUUUUACUCAACGACUAUCUCCCGAAGCCCAACAGCUAUCACGUCGUUGCCCUCGUUCGAAAUGCGACGCCCGAGCGCGUGUCCGAGCUCAAGCGGCUGUAUCCCGACAUCGAGACUCUACAGGGCACGCUAGAUGAUGAAAAAAUUAUACGGGAAGCGGCUGCGCAAGCGGAUGUGGUAAUUAACACCGGCGACUCGCUUCAUCCCGGUUGCGUUCAUGGCAUUCUCGCGGGUCUGACCACUCGAGCAAAAUCUAACACGGGCGCACCUGACCCGAUCUACGUCCAUGUCUCCAGCAGCACUAUUCUCACUGAUGGAUGCAAUGGGGAACACGUGGAGCCUACUGUGUGGACUGACAAGGACUUCGAUGUUCAUACCAAACUGGAAGCCGACGCAGUUCACGCGGACACUGAAUUUCCUAUUGCGGACGCUGGAAAACGCAGCGAGCAUAGAAUUCGAACAUUUGUCAUGAAUCCCGCUUUGAUAUAUGGUGUCGGUUCUGGGGUACAGCGCAACUCCUCGUGGCUGCGUUUCUGGGUCGAUACGACCAAGGAGACCGGCUACUCUGGGUUAUACGGAGAGGGAGCUAACGCGCUGGGCCACGUUCACGUUCGCGACGCAGCUACCGCACUGUUAACCGUGCUCAACGCUGCCCUGGAAGGCAAAAUUCAAGGCGGAAAAGACGCGAAUUAUUUCGUGAGCGUGUCGAAGACCGGACAGAAGAAUUGGUCUGAGGUUAUCGGAAACCAUAUGCACAGUAAAGGAGUAAUCAAAGAGGCUGGAUGUCGUCCUUGGCCCGAGGCGGUCACUGGUACCCGAGGCAGCCUUUGGUGGCUGACAUUUGGGGGGAAUCAAAUUCUGAGCUCUGACCGUUUGUACGCACUCGGCUGGGAACCCACUGAGACGAAAAAGCAGAGCCUGAUCGACAAUCUUCCAGAGGCAGUGGACGCCUUGUUGCAGUCAAAGUAG